AUGGGUCCGGAAGACUUUACGUUUGGGUACGCCACCUCAUGGACGGGCCUUGUAGGGUAUCUGGUGGUUGCCAAAGUCCUUUACGACGUGGUAUUGGCGAUUUACCGCAUCUGGUUCCACCCCUUGUCCAAGUUCCCGGGGUCAAAACUCGCCGUCGCGACCUACUGGCACGAAACCUUCUACGACGUUUUCCGGGGACAUCAGUACAUCUGGAAGAUCAAGGAGAUGCACGACCAGUAUGGCCCCGUGAUCCGCACGAACCCCGACGACGUGCACAUCCAUGACCCGGAUUUCUUUGACGAGCUAUACGGCCUCAAGUUGGACAAGUGGGCGUGGUGGACGCGCGGAUUCGCCGUCCCGACCGCCGGGGGCAUGACGGUCGAGCACGAGGUGCACCGAAAACGUCGCGGCGCCCUCAAUCCGUUCUUCAGCAAGGCCAGCAUUGUCUCCAACAUGCCCGUCAUUCAGGAGAAACUCGCCGUCAUGUGUCAACGGCUGGACGACAUUGUCAAAAGCGGCAAUCGCCAGGUUCUCGACUUGGAGGCCAUCUAUCUCGCCCUCACCACCGACGUACUCACACAGUGCAGCUACGGCUGGACAUACGACUACAUCCACAACCCGGAGUGGGCCAUGACGUGGAAACUGGUCAACACCGGCGGCCGGGCGAGCGCGGCCAUUGUGCGUUCUUUCCCUCUUAUCGGCGCCAUCGUCCGGUCCAUGCCGCUGAGCGUGGCAAUCAAGCUCGUACCGCCCGUGGGGUUCAUGAAGUCCUGGAUGCAGCGGGUGGGUAUCCAGGUCCAGAAGAUCAAGUCGGACCCUGACAUGAUGAGGAUGAUCCGGACCGAGAAGAGGCGCAAGGACACCAUCUUUGCCCAGAUCUUGAGCAGCGAUCUGCCCGAGAGUGAGUUGAGUGAUCAGAGGUUGAUCGAUGAGGGUGUUUUGAUCGCCACGGCUGGAAGCGAGACUACCGCCUGGGCUAUCACCAUCACCACGUACCACAUAAUGAAGAACCCGCAAGUACGAAAAAGGAUGCGCGAAGAGUUGAGGCAGGUGGAGAUCCCAAAGGGCGACACGGUGGCACCCUGGACGAGCCUCGAGCAUCUGCCCUACCUCACCGCCGUGAUCAAGGAAGGUGUACGCAUGGCCGGCGGGAUGUUGUCGAGGUUACCCCGGAUCUGUGACAAGGACAUCGUGUACAAGGAGUGGGUCAUACCUGCCGGAACGCCGAUUGCGAUGACCCCCCAUCUGGUGCUCAUCGAUGAGAAGGUGUUUCCGGAACCGAGAAAGUUCAUCCCCGAACGCUGGUUGGAUCAGAUGGAUGAGGGCAAGACCACGUCGCGGUUGGACAAGUAUAUCGUGGCGUUCGGAAAAGGGUCACGCAACUGCAUCGGCAUGCAUCUGGCGUACGCGCAACUUUAUAUGAGUUUGGCAGCCAUGGUGCAGAGAUAUGAUUUGGAAAUGUUUGAGACUGACGACAGUGAUGCGACACCCACGAGGGAUUUGUUCACUGCAGGGGUCAAGUUGGACAGUAAAGGGAUCAGGGUUCUUGUUCAUGGACGCAAGAAGUCAAAAUGCGACGGGCAGAAACCUUCGUGUAAUUUUUGUUCUCGGUUGAAGCAAGAAUGUGUCUAUGGUGAUGGUCCACUCGUUUGUCACCAUGCUUUGCCCAGAGCUCAGAUCAGUGCCGAUGAGAUUGGCCUUGCGACACGGGUAGCAUUAUUAGAAGCAAAACUGAGUCUUAUGAAUAACAACGACCACCGUGCGAAGAGGAAGACAUCACCAGGAGUUAGCUCUGCUGCGUCCAGCCCUGACUCGGAGUCGUCCCACAGUUUUCGAAGCAAGUACUCUCAGUUGCCUCCAGAGCCAGUUCUUCGGUCACUACUCGACACCUAUUUCCGCUCGUGUCAGAAUCAGCCAUACGUUUACUUUCGCGAGGCAACGUUCUACCGUAAGCUGGAACAAAAAGAGUAUCCGGAUUAUCUUCUCCUGGCCAUGAUUGCCUUGUCUGCCCGCUUCUCCGACGAAUCAUUCUUUGAUUCGCAACAGCUGGAGGCGGUGAAUUUCUACGGCCGAAGUGCAUGGAACGAGAUCUUUGACAAGGCUUUUGCCGACGACAACCACCUUUUGGAUAUUCACAUGGUGCAAGCGACGAACCUUCUGGCCGUAGUAGACUUCACAGCCGGUCGCCAUCGCCUUGGUUGGGUCAAAAUCGGCCUGGCCGUCAGAUUUGGGCAGAGUUUGCAACUCAAUGCAGAGCCGCGACCGGACUUGUCACUUGAGGAACAAGAUGAGAGACGGUUGACGUUCUGGUCCGUCUAUUUAUUGGACCGACUCGCCUCGUGUGGUGUCUACAGGCCUUCUACGAUUGCGGACAGCGAUUGCUCUACACUACUGCCUUCGGACAAUCCCGAAGCCAACCAGGCAAUGCCGGGGUUGCGGCUCCUCGAAGAGAUGCACACAAUCCAUGAGGCAGGCAGCAUGGAUCCUUUCGCGCAUACAAUUCUAAUGGCAUCUGCACUGGGGAGAGUGGAACGCCAGGCGCUCCAGCAACAAGGAUCCACCGACCGUUAUCCCCCUUGGGAUUCUCGAAGCGACUUCGCGGCCAUCUACAGCUUGCUGUUGAGCUUCGAAGGAUAUUCUAGGGUGACUGACGCUUCAGUGUCAGAUGCAAUUCAUGCCCAGUACCUUGAUUCGUACGGCAUGAUUGAUCAGCAAAAAGCAGGACAUUUCAUCUUUGCCAUGAUGUUGUAUCACAUGAAUCAGUGCAUCUUACAUCACCCCUACCUUUUUCGCAAGCGGCUACAAUCAAUUGAAGCUCCACCGCCACUGAGCUUUGUGAGCGAAAUCCUACGACGCUCAUUUUGGUACGCUGAACAAUUAAUAUCGACCGUAAGAUCAAUUCAGGAACUUGGAAUGACUAUCAGCUCAUUUUAUGGCUAUCCAAUGGUUGUUGGUGGAGUGAUUUGCAAGCUAUUCUCCUACCACGACGAUAGCACGACGAGCAACAUGGCCAAACAAUUAUACCACCACACAACGGAAUUCCUUGACUCGGGACGCAGUCUUUGGGGACAUUAUCCGAAAAUGGUAAGAAGAAGUCCUGACCUUCUGUCUUUGCCAGUCUUCGUCUCUCUCUAA